AGACACUCAGCCUGCCUUGUCAAUUGUUUUGUGGCUAAUAAUACCCGGGAAAGGGAAUGGCUUUCCUUUAUAAUUACGAUGAGGAGGCAGGGCUUUUGGGCGCUAAAGACGCUUAUGCGUUUGCGUUUGCUGAACGCGAAGUGCGGCAAGGCUUUGUGCGGAAGGUCCUAGGCCUCCUGGGCGUCCAGCUGCUAAUCACCGCCGCCGUGACGGCUCUCUUUAUCUUCUCUCAGCCCGUCAAAACCUACGUAUUCACCGCACAAUGGCCAUUCUGGACCGCCUUCGCUGUAUCUCUGGUCCUCAUCCUGGCGCUCAGCUUCUCCGAGUCCCUGCGCCGCAACCACCCACUCAAUCUCUUUGUUCUGGCGGGCUUCACGCUGUGUGAGGCAAUGCUGGUCGGUACCGUGUCCGCCAUGUACGACACUAAGGUCGUCCUGCUGGCGGUUGGCAUCACUACAGCUGUGGUUCUGGGCUGUGCGCUGUUCGCCACCCAGUCCCGAGUGGACCUCACAAUGGCCAACGGCUUCCUCAUGUCGCUGCUGCUGGCGGUGUUCACCGCGUCGCUGCUGAACCUGGUCAUUCGGGCUCCCUGGCUGUAUGUGGGCAUCUGCAUUGCGGGGGUGGUGCUCUUCUCGCUGUACCUCGUCUUCGACCUUCAGCUGCUCAUGGGCGGCCAUAAGUACGCGCUCUCACCGGACGAGUACGUCUUCGCCGCCCUGUCCCUGUACCUGGACAUCAUCAACAUCUUCCUCUACCUGCUGCAGCUGCUGGGCAGCCAAGACAGGAGCUGA